AUGGCCCGCGCACGACUAGGUGCGCAGCGCCGACGCAAACUACGAAAGAAGACAGAGAGGCUUCGAAAAGCAUUCACGAUGCAAGAUCACGAUAAGGCUGAAGCUACCGCCCAAGCUGCUGCUAGUUCAGCUCAAGCCUCGGCCACCGAAAAUGUCACUGAGGCUACCGCCGAAGCGGCAACCAAUGCUCCAGCUCCUGAUGCUCAAAACACGACUGAUAGAACAGAGACUCGUCGUUGCAAGCACCGUCAUCUUCCUGAUCGUCACUACUACUAUCGCGAGGAAGUCUUUGACCGCCGCUUUCUUGCCCUUGAUCGACGUAUCAAUGAACGACUUGAUGACAAUAUUGCAAAGGGACGUGCUGCUAUGGACGAAGAUUAUCGUUCUCACAAGAAGGACCUGCAACGUACCAGAGGACGCCUAGCAAGACAAGAACAGGAAAUUCAGCGCACACUUCGACUGGGCUUGAAAUCCAUGGAACUAGAAGUCAAAUCCCUCAAAUGGAGAGUGGACAACUUACAACAGGAAAACGAGACUCUCCAGGAUGACAUUGAGCGUGAACGUCGCAGCAAUCGUCGCAUGAUGCGUCAGCUAUACGAGUCUCCGGAUCACCAAGAGACUGAUCGUUCAGACUGA